ACUGCGGGGAGAAGCAAAGGCCGCGAUGGAGCCGGGCCCUGCCGGAGCGGACACACCCGGUCCGGGCGGGUACCACAGACCGAGCGCCAGCCCCGCGUCCUGCUCGUCACCGCCUUUCCAGCCUUUCCAGAGACUUUGGAGCAGAUUUCCGUUCGCUUUUGUCCCCGCCCGCCGGGGCCGCUCCCGCCCGGUGUUCUCGGUUGUGCCGUGUCCGAGCCGUUCGCUGUCCCUGUCCCGGCCGCCGCCGCCCCGGCCCCGCCGGCGGACUGUGCUGUCAAUAAACUGUGGCGCUGCCAGGCCUUGAGGGCUUUAAUGGCACUAGAAAUGCAGUAAACCAGUGGAUGAGGCUCAGAAUUAAGUCUCAGCAUUUGGAAGCUUUAGACAGAGUGUCAGCGUAUUAAACGUUGGAGGUCGUGGCUUUCCAAAGGAUCUGGAUAUUUCAGGGCUGUAGGGCAGUAAAAUGUUUGCCAAAUUGAAGAAGAAGAUCGCAGAGGAGGCAGCGGUUGCUCCCAGGCCCGGAGGAGCCGCCCGCAUCCCCAGGUCUGUCAGUAAGGAAUCGAUCACGUCUGUGGGAGCAGACUCCGGAGACGACUUCGCUUCUGAUGGAAGCAGCUCCAGAGAGGAUCUUUCAUCCCAGUUGUUCAGAAGAAAUGAACAAAUAAGAAAACUGGAGGUGAAACUGUCUGAUUAUGCUGAUCAGAUCCGAAAUCUGCAGAAGAUAAAAGAGAAGCUUGAAAAUGCAUUAGAAAAGCAUCAGGAUUCCUCCAUGAGGAAGUUUCAGGAGCAGAAUGAAGCUCACCAGGCCAGUCGAGCCAAGAUGGCUGAAGGAAUGGCUUUGGCCUUGGAAAAAAAGGACAAGGAGUGGAUGGAAAAACUUGGUCAAGUUGAAAAGGAAAAAAAAAUGCUUCAAACACAGUUACAAGAAAUGAGGGAGCAGAGUUUGAACCUUUUCCAAAAACGAGAUGAAAUCGAUGAACUGGAGGGCUUUCAGCAGCAGGAAAUUGCCAAAGUUAAACACAUGCUUUUGAAAAAGGAAGAGUCUCUGAGCAGAACAGAGCAGGAGCUCGAGGCGCGCGCUCAAGAACUGACCCACGCUAAAGCAGAGCUGCAGGAGGCGAGGAGCGAGUCCUCGAGCCUGAGGAAGGAUCUCCAGGACUUGCAGCAGCAGUUCUCGGAGCUGGAGGCUCGGAGAGAUGAACUAAUGACAGCUGAGACAAAUGCAGAAAAUAAGAUCACUGCUCUGGAGUUAAGAGAACAGGAGCUACAAACUGUCAUUCAGCAGCUUUCUGUAGACUUGCAAAAUGCUCGAGUGGCUGGUUCUGGUUGUGAGAAGAGACUGGAAGUGUUACAAGUGGAGCAUGAAUCUCUGAAGGUGGAAUAUGAGCAACAGAAGCAAAAGAUGACUUUUGAAUUUGCUGAGAGAGAUAAACUUACUGAACAGCUGCAGGAAAAGGUGUCUUCCCUGGAAAAAAAGCUAGAAAGAAAUCUCUCAGGAGAUGAACAUGUGCAGGAGCUGCUCAAAGAGAAAGCUGCUCUUGAGCAGAGGCUGGAGGAGAGCAGGCAGCAGGUACUGACAGACAGGACACGGCACAGCGGGGCUGUGAACCAGUUGGAAACACAGAAUAAAGAACUGGAACAGAAACUACAGAUUGCAACAGAAACAUUGAAAAAGAGCAAAGAAGCAGCUGCUGAGCAGGAUCUGAAGAUCCAGAAGCUGCAAACUGCUCUAGAGGAUGAAAGAAAUCACCUGCAGCAACAGAUUUUAAGUGAGAAAAAUCAGUAUGAUCAGAAAGUUACUGGGCUGGAGUCUCAGAUUGCUGCUCUUGAAAAAGCUUGGGAAUCGGAUAAAACAACAACUCAGCACAGGAUUAGCCAAUUGGAAGAAGAAAAUGAAAACCUCAAGGGAAGCAAAGAAGGGUAUGAGAGUUCUUUAAAACAACAGGAGUCUGAACUGAACAGGCUAAAGAAUGAGAUGAGCAGCAGAGAAACUGUCAGUGUGGAAAUUGCCAAAGCCCUGGAAGAAGCACGGAAACAGAGAGAGGAAUUACAACAGCAGGUUUCACAUCUGAAUGCCCUAAUAAAGGAGAAAGACCAGCUGAUAGAUGAAAAAUGUGGUCUGCUGCUAAAACAGAAAGAAGAGCUGAACCAACUCAGUCAAGACCAUGAAGCUGCCUUGCUGCAGGUGCAUCAGUUACAGUUGGACAUAGAAGCAAGUCAGAGCCAAGCAGUGGAGAAAGAGGAAACGGCAAGAAAGGAAAUUGAUGAGCUGAAGCUGCAGGUACAGGAGUGCCUGUUGGCCAGAGAGCAUGAGAAAACUGUUUUAGAACUGGAGGAGUCGACGAGAGCCUUGAACAAUGAGCAUUUCCCUUCUCCAGAAAACUCUGUGGUGGAACAGAACGGAGAGGUGGCAGCUGCAGAUGUCAUUCAACUUCAGAAGGAUAACAGAGAGCUGGAACAGCAAAUUGCUGAGAAAAACAAGAUGAUAAAGCAGCUUCAGCAAAGAAUGACAGAACUCAAGAAAACUCUCCAGAAAGAGCUGAAAAUAAGGCCUGACAGUGAGGUACCUGAGCUACGUGCAAAUUCUGAAGUGCCUAAUGCUUCUGUGACUGUCACCAACAACUCUGAUUUGAAUGACUCGAGGGAGAUAAACUUUGAGUACCUUAAACAUGUUGUACUAAAGUUCAUGUCCUGCAGGGAAUCUGAGGCAUUCCAUCUCAUUAAAGCUGUGUCUGUGUUACUGAAUUUUUCACAAGAGGAAGAAAACAUGCUCAAAGAAACUUUGGAGUACAAGAUGUCCUGGUUUGGGUCAAAGCCAUCUCCCAAAGGCAGCAUCCGGCCGUCUAUCUCGAGCCCAAGGACUCUGUGGCCUUAAGGGACCCUGAAGGUGGCAGGCAGUAUCCAGGCACUUCUUUCUGUGAAAAGAAUGCUGAACACACUGCUCCAGGUGUGUCUUAAUCACUGUCAUUGCAGUAUUUUGUACAAGAACUUCUGGCUCUGUUUACAAAACUAAUACUGUGCAAGGAGACAUUUUCACUACAGACUGCAACAGCUCUGGGCUGGAUUCAGGGACCACCUCGGUGUCUGUGAUGGGAGCAGCUCCUUGUGUUCAUCACUCCUGGGUUCUUGGCACCAGAGGGUUCUGAGGACCUUGCUGACAGCACUGCUGCCAGUUCAUUCUCUUGGGAUGGUGAUUCUCGCUGCUGUUCCAGGGUGCUGGAGUCCAGUAACUCUGGGCACAGAAAAGCUGCUUGUCUGGCUGUGGGAAGCCAGCAAUGAAAAAUGUGUUGGCAGAACUGUGUUGAGAGUGGGAUGGUUUGCAAAGCCUUUCACAGGACAGGAGCAGGAGCUUUAACCAAAAAAGAACUCUGCCUUGCCUUCUAAUACUGACAUAACUAAUGGUUGGCAUUUUUUUCAUAUCACUGUGUAAUUUAAGGUGCAUUUAUCCUGGCCUGCAGUCCUCAAGGCUGCAUGUUGAUGAUUAUUUAAUUUGAGAGCACAACUUUAGAGUUGUCUGAUUUUACUUUUCUUAAAGAAAAAUAAUAUUUAAAAUGGUCUUAAUUAUAGUACCUAAUCCUCAGUCGCCUUUACAACUAAUCUAUUAGCCUGUUCCAUGGGUUGUUAGCAGUGGGAAAAGGGGUAGGAAACCAUUUUAAAUUUUUAAAGCUGAGUUCCAGGUAUUGUAAAUCCACACUAAAAAAUACCUUUUAUUAAAAAAAAAAUAAAAUAAAAAUCUAGUGACAAAGGGUGAAGAAUGCCGGUACUAAACACUUCGGUUUAUUUUUUUUCUUCCAAGUCUGCUAGCAACAAAUCCUCGUAACCAGGAUCUGCCCCUUUGGUUGUGGUUUUCUGUACUUCCAAUACUGAUGCUUAAAAACUGUUACGAAUAUGUUAACUGUGUCCUGACUAUUACAGUAAAAGAAAUGCUGCUCCUGAGGGGUUUGAGGGCAAAAUUCAACUCCUAGUGAACAAGUCAUGGUUCCAGGAGCUUGUUUUCCUAAUACAAUAAGGAAAGGGGACCAAGGUGGCACUUCCCUCCCUGGAAGCACAAUUUUGCCCAUAGUUAUUAACACCACUGCAAAAUCUGGAUCCAAAUGGGAAGCAGCACUAAGUCUGACUUCUUAAAAAUGAGACGUAUUUCCAAAAAUUUAUACAUGUAUGGAAUUCAGUGAACAGGCUGCAGUUCUGGGAAUUCUCUUGAAAGUAAGUUCAUACCUCGGUUAAAUGUAUUCAGGAUAAUUCAGACUUUUGUCCAGUGGAGAUCCAGUCACUGUUGAGGUGUUUAUCUUGGUUGACAGGCCUCUGACUGACCUUGGAGUGGCUGGAGGUGCAGCAGGGGAGCUGCUCCUGCUUCCAUGCACACCUGUGCUGGGCCCAAGGUGAAACCUCCCUCAGGUGAGGUCAGUCAACAGGAGGUGAAUGUGCUGAUCCAGAGAAUCCAGACCCUGCUGCUCUCCCAGACAGCCCCACCCCAGACACAGGUACUCCCAGGAGCUGUUACUGGGCACAGGUGAUACUCCUCAGCUUAGAGCCAGGCUGGGUUUGUCAGAAGUUAAGAAAACCAACAGAAUUUUUUUGGUACACUAAAGCUUGUCCAGACAGGAUAGAGCAUGGAAGGGUUCAGCUCUGCUCUACUGUGAAAAUAGACAAUCAAAAAGUACAUUUAUUUCAAUUGUUUCUCUACUGAGAUACAGCGGGGUGGAAUAACCCUGUUGGUUCUGGGAAGAUUUUAUUCUCUGAGAUCUUUUCCUUUCUGAUGUCCCUUUGCCCAGCCCUGUUUCUGUGGGAGCAGGGGUCAGGACUCCCUCACCCCCACUGAUCCCUGCUGAAUGACUAUUGGGUUUAUGCUGAUCCUGGCUUCAACCGUUACUGCUGAACAGUAAGGACAGCAGGACAGGCAGCCUGGAACGGAGUGACAAAGUAAAAUAUUAUGUUACAUAUUCACUAAUGACUUCAGUUUCAGAUCCCAAAGCUCAUACAGGAUCAACUUACCAUAAACUAGUUCUUAAGUGUUGAAUUUUUGUUAGAUAUCAGAGCAAGACUGGUGUGUAUACAUGUAUUAAAAAGCUAAUGCACUUUCCCUUGUCUCAGAACAGUGGUUAUACAUAAUCCUUUCUAUCACCAUUGCAUUUCUUUCCGUCUAUGCUGUAAAUAUGGAUUGUAUGAUGAAACACUAUGAAAUUUGUGGUGCAAUACAUUUUGGAUCAAACCCCUUA